AUGCAAUUUAAUUGGUCCGAGGUGACUGCGUACUUUGAGGCGCUGCUGCAGACCCGACUUCACAGUCCACCAAUUCGUUGUGGCGUUGGAGAGAAAGAUAAGGGCAAAGCUAUCUUUGCUGAUCGCGCAAUUAAAGCUGGUGAGCCCAUUUGGACUGAGGCACCGUUCGUAGCCAUGCAACACGAGGACAAUAAGGAGUUUGUUGAUUGCUGUGACAACUGCUUUGUACCGCUCAUUGAUAGCAAAGCCUGUUGGGCCCGCGUAGUAUCCAACAGUAUCACAGCUGAGGGCGGUGGAGCUCUUGCUGAUGAGUCAACUGCUACCGCUGCUGAUUUUGAAGCUGCAAUCACAUUUUUGCAAAAGGAAGGAGGCAAAAGUCCUGAAGAAAGCUACUUUUCUGUUUUUAAAUUGGCUGAAAGUCAAGUGAAGUGCACGUGUGGCGCGCUCUAUUGCUCUAAUACGUGCAAGGAUAUUGCGUAUGUGCAACAUCACGCGCUAUUAUGUCCACGAACAGAAGAGCGAGAGAACGCAAUGGGACAGUUCCUUAAUCACACACUCGUGACGAAUGAAAUUUUUCAGCUAGCAGCCAAGGUUAUAGCCAAGAUUCUACUGCUUUUUAUAGCGACUCAAAACAUGACACAGGCACGACAACCGGUUGAUAUGUUUUGUAAGCUACCGUGGUGGGAAGUUAUUACAUCAGAAGACGAUCUUGAAGAGAGCGAAACGCUGGAGCAAUAUCGGGACAAAUUUCGAUCUCUCAUUUCACAGACUUUUGAUUAUUUUAUUAGCGGUCUGAAGGAGAAUCUAGUGCAUUUAGAGGCCAAAGGAGAGCUCAACGGUCUUUCACUCGAUGCUAUGUUGGCCUCGUGUGCUGAUGUGCUGAACGUCGACUUUUUCAGCCACGUUGUGGGCAUGUUUGAGAUGAACAACAUCAGUAUGGAGAUUGAUCAUCCGUUUCAUGCAUUAGGUGAAGCGUUGAGUGCUGCAAGUCCCGAGGAAGAGAAAGGGAUGCCACCAGUGCUGGCACGAGUGAAAGAAGCACUAGAAAAAUUUACAGACGAACACAAGCAUCGCGGUGACGAAUGUAAUGAGCAUGAAGUCGAUCAAGAACACGACGAAGAAGAAUGUUAUGCUCUGGAUGAGGACUUUGUUGGUGUAGAAGGCACGGCACUAUUUUCUGGUAUAUGUACGAUGAAUCACAGCUGUGACCCCAACUGUACGGUGCUGUACACGAAGGACGGAGCCGCUCACGUUUUUGCUGUUCAAGAUAUUGCAGAGGGUGAGGAGCUGUGCAUUUCCUACAUCGAUGUGGACCAAGAGGUGGAUGAGCGAGAAGAAUGUCUUCGGGAGUAUCAAUUUGUUUGUUAUUGCCCGCGAUGUAUGGAAGAACGAAAAGCUUAG